AUGAGUAUUUUUAAUCUUGAAAAAAUGGUGGGAACCAUUGAUAAACUUAGUACCUCUCUAGAUGUAAUGUUAUGUUGCAAAGAUAGUGAAGGUGGACAAGAAAUAUUAGAAACAUGUGAACAAUUGGAUAGUUUAAUUAUGUCAUUUGACGAUCAGAUUAGUAUUCUCAAAGAUGCUCUGAUCAAAGAGAAAAAUGCUCGUCAAUCGUCAUUUCAGAGACAGUUGGAUGAAUUGAAAACAAUUGAGGAAAGAUGUAACCACAUGAUAGUUUUUACCCAAUUAAAUACUGAACUUGAAACUCAGCAGUAUAAUCAAAAUCAUGAAAUAAAAGAAUAUAGAGGAAAUAAUUCAACUAAUAUGGCUAACAUUUCAAUGUCACCUGUACCAAAGUGGAAAGAUGGUCAUUCUCUAUCUGAGAACACUAUACACCAUACUACUAUGUCAAAUGGUACAAUAAUGAGUAACAGUAUGAUGGGACAGUCUUUAAAAUCUCAGGCUGCUAAACAAGUUCUUGAUAUUCCACUUCUAAAAUCUAUUAACAACGAUGAAAUGGAUUCUGUUCCAAAGUACAUGAAAGGUCGUUUAACUUCAUUAAAUGUGAAUGUUGUGAUUGAUGGUAUUAAUAUUGCAUUAGAAAAUAAAUAUGAAAUUUUGCAAAAGCCAAGAAACUUAUUAAAAAAAAAAGAUCAAGAUAUUUACAACACGUGGAAAAUUCAGCAAAAUGAUGUUGGACAAGGUCAAUACUUUGUAACUGCUGAUGAUAUUUCUAGAUUUGGUGAGACAAAAGUGGAUAAAACUACAUUAAACAUAAUUCCCAUAUUAAGACAUUUAAAACGAUUAAAAGAAUCUCGAACAGGUGGCUUUGUUUAUUAUUUACCAUACUAG